CAAAUUUUCUUCUUUCCUCCCCAUGAACCAAAAUUUUCUCAUCUACAAUGACAAAUUUGACAUCUAUAACAACAAAAACUACCAUAAUCUUUCUAAUGUUUAGCCUUAAUUUAUUUGUAAAUAUUGAAUCGUUACGACUCGAGAUCGAAUCUGGAUCUACAAGAUGUAUAUCUGAAGAAAUCAAGCGUAAUGCAAUGACUGUUGGAACAUACAACGUUAUUAGUCCCAUUGAAGAUCAACCUCUACCUCCUAGUCAUCGCAUUGCAGCUCGUGUAACAUCACCAAGAGGAAAUGAUUAUCAUUAUAAAGAUGGAGUGGAAUCUGGAAACUUUUCAUUUACAGCAGGAGAUACUGGAAACUAUAUGACUUGUUUCUGGGCUCCAAAACAUUAUCCUAUAACCAAAAUUUCAAUUGAGUUUGAAUGGAAAACUGGGAUUAAUACAAGGGAUUGGCACAAUAUUGCUCAAAAAGGACAUAUUGAUUUUAAUUCAAAACGACUUAUAUCAACCAUCUAA